AUGGUUGGCCUGCCAGCCAGGGGGAAGACCUACAUCUCUAAGAAGCUGACCAGAUACCUCAACUGGAUUGGAGUUUCUACUAAAGUGUUUAAUGUUGGAGAGUACCGACGGGCAAAGACCAACAAGUACCGCAGCCAUGAGUUUUUCAGAGCUGACAACAGAGAGGCUCAGGAUAUCAGGAAUAGUGUGGCUUUGCUGGCAAUGGAGGAUGCUGCAAGAUACCUAGAAGAUGGAGGAGGAGAAGUUGCUGUGGUUGAUGCUACUAAUACAACCAGACGACGACGAGAGAUUUUAGUGGAUAUGUUCACCGUGAAAAGGAACUUCAAGCUCUUUUUUGUGGAGUCUGUCUGUGACGAACCUCGGAUCAUCGAAGCUAACAUACUGGAAGUCAAAGUCUGCAGCCCUGACUAUGAAGGAAUGGACAAAAAUACAGCAUUAGAGGACUUUCUGAAAAGGAUUGAACAUUAUAAGCAGGAGUAUGAGGCACUGGACUACAAUUAUGACAAGGACAUCUCAUUUAUUCAGAUCUUUAACCAGGGGGAGAGGUUCAUUGUCAAUAAACUGGCAGGACACCUACAGAGUCGGGUGGUCUACUACCUAAUGAAUAUACAUGUUUUACCCAGGACCAUAUACCUGACACGACAUGGAGAAAGCUUGAUGAACCUACAGGGACGUAUUGGAGGCGACAGCGAUCUCAGUGAACAGGGAGAAUCGUAUGCCAUUGAACUUGCCAAGUUUGUGAAAAGUGAGAACAUCCCCAAUCUGAAAGUGUGGACCAGUGAGCUGAAGAGGACAAUUCAAAGUGCCAGAUACAUUGAUGCACCCAAGGAGCACUGGAAGGCACUCAAUGAAAUUGAUGCAGGAAUCUGUGAGGGAAUGACUUAUGAGGAGAUACAGGAUCAGUACCCGCAGGACUUUGCUCUACGAGACCAGGACAAGUACCACUACAGGUACCCAAGUGGGGAGUCUUAUCAAGAUCUGGUGGCCAGACUGGAACCAGUCAUUCUGGAGCUUGAAAGGCAAGAGAAUGUCAUGGUUGUAUGCCACCAGGCUGUCCUGAGAUGUCUCUUGGCCUAUUUUCAAGACAAGAGUGCAGACAGCCUGCCAUAUUUGAAAGUGCCACUUCACACUGUGAUCAAGCUGACACCGGUAGCCUACGGUUGUAGAGUGGAGUUUGUAGCUCUGGACAUCCCAGCUGUCAACACACACAGAGACAGGCCAGUGAAUGUGAAUCGAACCCGUUCCAGCUGCGAAGCUCUUGAGACAGUUCCAAACCAUAUCUGA